AUGGGUAAUUAUUGUUCUUUUACAACCACUGAUGCGACAAAAAUUGAAGAAGAAAUAAUUACUUCUAAUAAAUAAGACAGCAUCAUAAAAUCAUAGGGAGACUCACUUCAAAUAGCUAACUUUGAGGAAUUGAUAUAGGAUCACAGCUAAUUGUACGCAUUCUAAAAUGGAGAUGUAUUGUUAUCUUCUCGCCCUAAUUCUCCUCGUUCAUAGCAUGUGAUAAUCUAUUUAGAACCAAAAAUAGUGGCAGAAGAAGAAGUCAAAUUUUAGCAGGAUGGAAUUAAAGGGAUUAUAAGUGCACGAACAUAUGACUAAUAUCCAGAAUCAUCUUGUAGUUCUCUUAAUUAAAAAGAAAAACAAUGCAAAAAGGUCUAAUUCAGAGAUUGA